AAUGACAACUCCAUAAUGGCAGUGGGUGAGGCCUUGGUGCACAUCAGGAUCACUCUUCUGCUACUCUGGGUUGGGAUGUCUCUGUUCAUUUCUGGCCACUCUCAAGACAGGCCCUCCCAGCACUUCUCCUCCCCAGAAUUGGUGGUCCCCUUGAAGGUGACUGGCAGGGACAGAGGUAUAAAGGCUCCAGGCUGGCUCUCCUACAGCUUGCAGUUUGGGGGCCAGAGACACAUUGUCCACAUGAAGGUCAAGAAGCUCUUGAUUUCUAAACACUUCCUGGUGUUCACCUACACAGACCAGCAAGCCCUCCACCAGGAUCAGCCUUUUGUUCCUGACGACUGCUACUAUCAUGGUUAUGUGGAAGGAGUCCCCGAAUCCCUGGUUGCCCUCAGUACCUGUUCUGGAGGUUUUCGAGGAAUGCUGCAGAUAAAUGACCUUGCUUAUGAAAUUGAGCCAGUUAGGUUUUCUGCCACAUUUGAACACCUGGUAUAUAAGAUAGAUAGUGAUGAUACACAAUUCCCACCUAUGAGAUGUGGGCUAACAGAAGAGGAAAUAGCACGACAUUUGCAGUUGAGAGCCUCAUAUAAUUCUACUCUGAUACAAAGUUCUUAUACCGGCUGGUGGACCCACUUGCGGUUUCUUGAGCUGGGUGUAGUCAUGGACCAUAAUCGAUUCCUGUACUACGAAAGUAACGUGUCAGUAGUACAGCGUGAAGUAUUUGAUGUUAUCAAUAUACUAGAUAUCUUAUAUUACUCUUUGGAGGUUGAUGUAGUUUUGACUGGGAUUGAAAUCUGGAGUGAAAGAAACCUAGUUGUCGCUGAUCAGAUAGAUCAGCUUGUGGAGGAUUUUGCCCUUUGGAAGUCUGUCAAUCUUGAUGCCCGACUGCACCAUGACACUGCCCAUCUUUUCAUAAAAAAACAUUUUGGCACAAAGCUUGGAGUUGCCUACGUUGGAGGGAUAUGCCAACGCCCUUUUAAUAGUGGAGUUGAUGUUUUUGAAGGAGACAGUCUGUUUUAUUUUGCACUUACUGUGUCCCAUGAACUUGGUCAUAAUUUGGGUAUGUUUCAUGAUACUGAGCAAUGUGUGUGUGGGCUUCAGUGGUGCCUAAUGUAUCCUUCCCGGAAGGUGACAACUAAGUUCAGCAAUUGCAGUUAUGCCCGGUACUGGGACAAUACUCUCUCUAGAGGGUCAUGUAUCAAGUCAUCUCCACAUUCUGCGAAUAUCUCUAUGGGACAGUUUUGUGGGAACUUAGUGAUUGAAGAAGGAGAGGAGUGUGACUGUGGCACCAUACACCAGUGUUUAAAUGACCCCUGUUGUCUGUUGAACUGUACUCUGAAGCCUGGAGCUGCUUGUACUUUUGGAAUUUGUUGCAAAGACUGCAAGUUCAUGCCAUCAGGGACUGUGUGCAGACAGCAGAUGAGUGAAUGUGACCUCCCCGAAUGGUGUAAUGGGACAUCUCAUCUGUGCCCAGAAGAUGUAUACGUGCAGGACGGGGUUCCCUGUGGUGAUGAUGCCUACUGCUAUGAAGGGAGAUGUCCCAACCAUGACAAGCAGUGCAGGGAGAUUUUUGGCAAAGACGCAAGGAGUGCAUCUCAGAGAUGCUACAGAGAAAUCAACACCCAAGGAAAUCGGUUUGGUCACUGUGAUAUCGCAGAUCUAAUAUACAUAAAAUGUGAGGCCCCUGAUAUUCUCUGUGGGAGAGUACAGUGUGAGAAUGUAGAAGUAAUUCCUAGUCUGAUACAGCAUUCUACAGUGCAUCAACUUCACCUCAAAAACAUCACUUGCUGGGGCACUGAUUAUCAUGUAGGGAUGUCCAUACCUGAUAUUGGCCAAGUGAAAGAUGGCACAGUGUGUGGUCAAAAAAAGAUAUGCAUCCACAAGAAGUGUGUCAACAUGACCUAUCCACCGCGAAGCUGUCAGGCUGAUGAGACCUGCCACAUGAACGGAGUCUGCAAUAAUAAACAGCAUUGCCACUGCAACUAUGGAUGGGCACCUCCCAAGUGCCAGCAUGUGGGCCAUGGAGGCAGUAUUGACAGUGGGCCACCUCCUCAGAACCAGGUGGCAUCAGAAGGAGAGAAAUGGUUGGACUACCUGAUAUUAUUGUGGUUCAUUCCUUUAACUCUUUUCGUUUUACUUUUCCUAAUUAUACUUGGUAAGAAAAUUUUGAAUGAAGAGGAGGAGCGGGAGGAGGAAGAGGAAAGCUAA